AUGGACCCAAUCAUGGGGGAGAGCAAGAAGCGGGUGUGUUACUUCUUCGAUUCGGAUAUCGGCAACUACCACUAUGGACCUGGGCACCCGAUGAAGCCCACACGGAUUAGGAUGUGCCAUUCGCUGGUCAUGAAUUAUGGGCUGUACAAGAAGAUGGAGAUCUUCAGGGCUAAGCCUGCCACAAAGCGCGAGAUGACCCAAUUUCAUACCGACGAAUACGUCGACUUCCUAAACCGCAUCAACCCGGACAAUGCGCACCAGUUCGGCAAGGAGCAGGUCAAAUACAAUGUGGGAGACGAUUGUCCCGUAUUCGACGGCCUCUUCGAGUACUGCUCGAUCUCCGCUGGUGGAUCUAUGGGCCAGUUCCUUCGCUGCUCCCGAGAGGGAGCCGCUAGACUGUCCAGGGACAAGUGUGAUAUAGCUGUCAACUGGGCGGGAGGGCUGCAUCAUGCCAAGAAGGCCGAAGCAAGUGGUUUCUGCUAUGUGAACGAUAUCGUACUAGGUAUUCUGGAGCUCCUCAGAUACCAUCAGCGAGUUCUCUACAUUGAUAUCGACGUUCAUCACGGUGACGGUGUCGAAGAGGCCUUCUACACCACCGACCGAGUCAUGAGUGUCAGCUUCCACAAAUAUGGGGAAUUCUUCCCCGGGACUGGUGAGGGAAGGGCAAGGGGCGAGUCCGACGUUCUGUUCUCAUACGCCGUGAACGUCCCACUUCGAGACGGUAUCAAGGAUGAGGCCUACAAAUCAGUCUUUGAGCCGACCAUGCGGCACAUCAUCGAAUGGUACCGACCCGGCGCGAUCGUCCUGCAGUGCGGUGCCGAUUCACUCUCUGGAGACUUCCUCGGCUCGUUCAACCUUUCCAUGCGGGGCCACGCGGCCUGUGUCUCAUUCAUCCGGAGUUUCAAUCUGCCGCUGUUGAUGUUGGGCGGAGGGGGAUAUACGGUCAAGAGCGUGGCGAGGACGUGGGCGUACGAGACGGGAAUAGCCGCUGGAGUCGAGUUGCAAGGUACUAUACCAAACAACGAAUACUACGAAUACUACGGACCUGACUACGAGCUGAACGUGAGACCGAGCAAUAUGACGGAUCACAAUACCCCGGAAUACCUCGAUAAAAUUCGCGAGUCGGUGGUGGAACUGUUGAAGACGAAGACGGCAGCACCGAGUGUGCAGAUGCACCACGUACCGAAGCUGGCGCAUGAUGAUGAGGAUGACGCAGAGAUGGAGGACGAGGAAGAUAAGGAUAACCGCAAGCCAAUGAGAUUAUGGGACAAGGCGAAAGUCCACGAAACGUCCCUGUCCGACUCGGAGGACGAAGGGACCGGCGGCCGGAAACAUCGACAAUCGCACAAGACGUUCGGCAAAGCAAGCGUCGCCGAUCCUCACCCAGUCGACAAGCUGUAG